UCCGUCUCCGCCCUCGGGGAGGGGGAGCGCGGUGCCGGGGCGAGCAGCGGGUGAUGGGGAAGAGGCGAGCGCAGUGCUGAGGUCCUCCGGGGCCGGAUGAGCCGAGGCUUGGCGCCGCGGCGGUGGCGGGGCUGGAGGAGGGGGCGAAGGAGGCUGUAGGGGCGGCCCCCGCUCCGGCUGCCCUGAGGGGAAGGAGCCCCCGACCAUGGAAAUCGAGAACAUCGUGGCCAACACGGUGCUGCUAAAAGCCCGGGAGGGCAAACGGAGUGGGCGUAGUAAAAAAUGGAAAGAGAUGCUGAAGUUGCCCCCUGUCAGUCACUGUGAGGGUAUUCGGUGCUCCAUCGAAAGAGACUAUAACCAGCUUUGUGACAAACAGCCAAUAGGAAGACUUCUCUUCAGACAGUUCUGUGAUUCCAGACCAGAUUUGAAAAGAUGCAUUGAAUUUCUGGAUGCAGUGGCAGAAUAUGAGGUAUCUUCAGAUGAAAAGCGCAUAGACUGUGGCCUCAAAGUUUUAGAGACGUACUUCACUAAUGGGUCUGCAGCACACUUGCCAGAAAUACCUCAGGAAACAGUAAAUGAAUGUAAAGCAAGACUGGAAAAGAACCCUUCUAAGGAUCUUUUCAUGGACUGUACUAGAAUUGUCCAUGAGUACCUAAGCAAAAGACCUUUUGAAGCUUACCAGGAGAGUGUGUAUUUUUCCCGUUUUUUACAGUGGAAAUGGCUGGAAAAGCAGCCAGUAACUAAACACACGUUUAGGCAUUACCGAGUACUAGGCAAAGGUGGAUUUGGAGAGGUGUGUGCCUGUCAAGUACGAGCAACAGGAAAAAUGUAUGCUUGCAAAAAGCUAGAAAAAAAGAGAAUAAAGAAGAGGAAAGGAGAAUCAAUGGCUCUAAAUGAAAAAAGAAUUCUAGAAAAAGUGAAUAGUAGGUUUGUAGUUAGUUUAUCCUAUACAUAUGAGACGAAAGAUGCCCUGUGUUUAGUAUUAACCAUAAUGAAUGGAGGGGAUCUGAAGUUUCACAUAUAUAACAUGGGAAAUCCUGGCUUUGAUGAAGAAAGGGCUAUUUUCUAUGCUGCAGAACUGUGCUGUGGUCUGGAGGAUUUGCAAAGAGAGAGAAUUGUUUACAGAGACUUGAAGCCUGAGAAUAUACUUCUUGAUGACUGUGGACAUAUCAGGAUUUCAGAUCUUGGAUUAGCUGUGCAGAUUCCAGAAGGUGAAACUGUCCGUGGACGUGUUGGGACUGUUGGUUACAUGGCUCCAGAAGUGAUCAAAAAUGAGAAGUAUACUUUCAGUCCGGAUUGGUGGGGUCUUGGCUGUUUGAUUUAUGAAAUGAUUGAAGGACAGUCUCCAUUCAGGAAGCACAAGGAAAGAGUUAAACGGGAUGAGAUUGACCGGAGAGUAAAGGAAGACCAGGAAACAUACUCAGACAAAUUUUCAGAGGAGGCAAAAUCCAUCUGCAGGAUGUUACUUGCUAAGAAUCCAGGGGAACGACUGGGUUGCAGUGAAGGAGGAGCUGCUGUUGUAAAACAACAUCCUAUUUUCAAGAACAUCAACUUCAAGAGGCUGGAAGCUAACAUGUUAGAACCUCCGUUCUUGCCAGAUCCACGUGCCGUUUAUUGUAAAGAUGUCCUGGACAUUGAGCAGUUCUCAACAGUAAAAGGAGUGAACCUGGAUACCACAGAUGAUGACUUCUAUUCCAAAUUUGUGACAGGUUGUGUCUCAAUCCCUUGGCAAAACGAGAUGAUUGAAACGGGAUGCUUUGAAGAUAUAAAUGCAUAUGAAACUGAUGGUACUGUGUCACCAGACAGAGAGAAGUCUCCUAAGCCAAAGAGAGGCUUCUUUCACAGACUUUUUAGUGGAGAGGUCUGCUUUAAAUCUGAUUGCAGUGAUGAUGAGCAGGAGUCCUCCAGACUUUAAACCAUUUUAUGCUCAUCAGAAAGGAUGAGCAAAUGUUAAAUGUUUUAUAUCUCUGUAGCAAAUUGUAUUAUAUAUAUUUUUUAUCUAAGUUCAAGGAUUUUUGUACAUUUGUACUUCAUUUGUUUUAAGAUGUAUAUUUUCACUAAAGCUUAAUUGUACAAAAAGCAAUGAGUGCCAUUUGAGUGAGUGUGUUUCUGUAUGUAUUUGAUUUAUCUUGAUUUUUUUUUUUCCCAGUGGAACGAAUCUAGAAAUACUAAAAGAAUUUUAAAGCACAGAGAUAACAUCUAUGGCAUCACUGUAACUUGACUUUGUACGCUCCUGGUAAAAUUCUUCUUGAUCAUUAGGAUCUUUAUUAACAGUUUUCUUAACUGUAAAAUUGCUGUACUGAUAAAUUUGAUAAUUCUGGUAUUAUCCAGCAGCAUGGCAGUGCUAUUACAUAAUGUAUCUCUCAAGCAACUACUAAGUAAAAAAAGGGAUUCAGUGCACUGCACAGUGGUCAGCUUUUAGGAAUUGCUCUUAUUCUCAGGCGCUGUAGAAUCUCUUUCUGUGUUUCUGUAUAAAGAGAACUUUAAACAUUUUGCUUAAUCUUGUAACAAGCUGAAGAAUCCCAUUCUUCUCUUUUCUACCCAUCUUAAACAUCCUCUCCAUAGACUGAAUCAGCAUGAACCAUACAUGUCAACCUAUCCCAAAAUUUUAUAACUAUAUUUUGAAAACUUUGUUGUCUUUACUGAAAGGAUUUCUUUUUACCUGUGGGGACACUAUUUUAUUCUAUUUUCUGUAAAUGAAAUUGUUUUGAACUCCAUGUAGAUUGUUACAUUUUUAUAACCAGUUAAAAAACCAAGCAUAGGCUCUUCUUACUUAUGUCCUCUCUGCUUGUGUUGUAUAAUAUGCAAUGUUCUAGGGUUGACAGUGAUCACUGCCACUGGGGAAAGGGAAAGGUAGCGUUAAGUAUUGAAUUUCAUUAUGUAAAUAUUUUUUUCUUAUAGCCUUUUAAAACAGAAACAUUAAAACAUGCCUUUAAUGUUUGCUUAAUAUAGACGUGGAGCUGGUAUUGAAGUUUGUUAUGAUGACCUGAUGUCCAUUAGUAAAACUGACAAAAGCUGUUUGAAAGCUAGGCAAGCUUCCAUUCUUUCUCGACUCUAAAGGUCAGACCCUUUAUUUUGUAAAGUUUAUAGUAAAACUAUUAACCUGGGUAUGAGAGCCAAUUUAAAGAGCACAUUUCAUUAAGAGCCUCUUCUGUUUUCAAAAUUGAAUUGGGUACUUGAAAUAUAAUGGAAUGCCAUUGGAGUUGGGAGACAUGAUUUUAGUUUCAUAUUUUGUUCUGCAAUCUGAAUAUUUGUCUCAAUUGUGCAUGCCUUUUUUUUCUUCCAAAUUUCUGGGGCACCAACCAGACCACAUAUGUAUUGUACACACAGAGCAACUGAAUAUCCCUCCACCUCAGAAAGGCCUCUCUUGUUAUCUGCAGACCCACUGGAAGAAACUUCAGCUGCUUCUGAGAAACUCACAAGAUAUAUUUGAUAUUCAAGCCUAUCAUCAGGUUUUAAUUCACAGUAUUUGGUCUCUAAAGACAAAGUUUUAAUGGAUUAGAAUUUGAAAAAAUUGGAAAAACAGUAUGUUGCAGAACCCUGCUGGGCCUCAUCUGGUGUGUCUCUGAAAUUGUUCCUCUUUGCUACUGUGCCACAGAAAUGAGAAAUUAGACUGUUUUCCUGUGUUUUCAGUGCAUUUUUCCUCCAGUCUAAAACAGUACACAAGACAGCAAAAUUACUCUUUUGGAGAGUACAAAGGGAGAAAUUGGCAGAGGGUGAGAGAGUUUCAAUGAAUUACUGGAAGAUGGUCUGAUGUAAUAGUGAAGGGAUGGGAGGCUUGACAGAAAUAUCUGAAGUAAGGGUGUUGGCUAGAACCAUUAUGUGUGAGACAAUGAGCUGGCAGUCUGACCUGACCCUCUUUAUUUUGUACCACAGCAAUAGAAGAAGUCUAAAAAGAUGGGAAUGGAAAAAUGGGGAAGUAACAAAAGUGCUUUAUAAAUACCUAUGUGAUUGGAGAAGUCAUCGUUUCUCUGAUUAAGGAUUUGAAUUUUUAAGAUAUUAGGUUUGCUAUUCUGAGGCAAAGGUGUCUGUAUAAACACCAGACAUACAGGGUGACCAGCUGGAUUUAAUGUCCGUGUAGAGUAACUUGAAAUUUGGGCAAGAAUACCACGGACACAAGCUGAAUAAUUUUUAUGAAGAAAAUACAGGAAUCUGUUUUAACAGAUCAGAAAAAAAUCU